AUGGAGAUAAUUAGUGAACUUAAGAAGCCAUGGAUUGUUCUAGGUGAUUUUAAUGCAAUUAUUUCACCUGAGGAAAAGAAACCUAAAACACUAAAGAAAUUCUUGAAUGAAUGGAAUUGGAGUAUUUUUGGUAAUGUUCAUACAAAAAUUAAGGAAACUGAAGAUAAGGUUAAAAUUGUAAUGGAAUUAUUUGACAGAAAUCCUUUUGAUGAAGAUGUUUUGAAUAAGUUAGUUGAAGCCCAGAAUGAACAUGCUAGUGCAAAGAAAGCAAAUCAUUUCAGACCAAUAGGAUUAAGCAAUGUUUUGUUCAAGAUAUUCACUAAAACCAUUGCUGCAAGAAUGAAUGUACUUAUGGUGAAGCUAAUUUCUCCACAACAGGUUGCAUAUAUCAAAGGUAGAAACAUUCAAGAGAAAGUACUUCUAGCUUCAGAGAUGGUUAAUGAAAUGAAGAAAAAAAAGAGAGGAGGUAAUGUGGCUUUCAAACUUGAUAUCUCACAAGCUUAUGACACUGUAAGCUGGGAAUUUCUCUUUAAAGUUAUGCAUAAAUAUGGAUUUUCAUCAUCUUGGUGUGAUUGGCUAUUAACCAUAUUCAAAUCUGCUAAGCUGUCAGUCAUGAUUAAUGGUGGGCCAUGUGGUUUCUUUUCAAUGAAUAGAGGUAUGAAACAGGGUGAUCCUCUAUCCCCUAUUUUAUUUAUAUUGAUGGAAGAUUUUUUGGGUGGAAAUAUUACAAAUCUAGUAAACACAAGACAGAUAACUCCAAUGGUUAUAAGAAAUGGAAUUUAUCCAACACACAUAUUCUUUGCUGAUGACGUCUUCUUAUUCUGUAAUGGAGCUAAGAAAAGCUUGGAAUGUGUUUUUAAACUACUUGAUGCUUUCCAAGCUAGUUCAUGCCAGUUGAUUAAUAAAGCCAAGAGUAAAUACUUCAUAGAUGAAACCUCUUCAAUCAGAAAACAACAGAUUAGUAUAAUGGUGAAUAUGGAAAAUGUUGGUUUCCCUGAAAAAUAUCUUGGUGUUUUACUUGCUCCUGGAAGGUCAGGGGAUAGUGAAGUCAGAAAGUACAAAACUCUUUCUUGGAAGAAAGUUUGUGUUUCAUAUGAUGAAGGAGGUUUUGGAAUUAGAAGACUAGAAGUGAUUAAUAGAGCUUUACUUAUGAAAAUGAUGUGGAGAUUGAUUUUUUCUUCAGAUGAAUGGGCUCUUUUUUUCACUGCUAAAUUCAAAAAUAAAUAUGGAAUUUGGUUUUCAGGUUGGAAAUUAUCUUCAGUUAGAGCAGGAUUGCAAUGGGCUUGGACUGCAUUACAAGAAGAUAUUACAUGGUUUGUAGGCAAUGGAGCUAAUAUUUAUGUGUGGCUUGAUACAUGGUAUGGAUCAUCUCCCUUAAUUAAUGAGAUUGGUUAUACUGAAUUUGUGCAUAAUAAUCUGCAAAUGAAAGUUCGGAAUCUUAUUAUUGAUAAUGAAUGGCAUAUCCCUCCUCAACUGCAACAGUUUUUGCAUAUUGAUAACAUGCCUAAUAUUGGUAGUGAAGUUGAUUGCAUAGUAUGGAAUUUACAUAGCAGUGGACAAUUCAACACUGCAAUGGCAGUGGAAAAAUUAAGAUUCAAGGAACAAAAAGUAAACUGGUCAUCUCAUAUUUGGAGAUCUUAUUUACAUCCAAGUAUUGCAAGUAACAUUUGGAAGCUGCUACAAGGAGUUUAUGUAGAUGAUGAUGUUAAAAGGAAAUAUGGGUAUGAAAUUCCAUCUAGGUGUUGUGUUUGUAAAUCAGAUCAGGAUUGUAUGGAGCACACUUUGUGGAUUUGUGAUUUCAGUGCACAAAUAUGGAGCUGUCUAGGUAAUAUCUUUACAUUCUCCAUGCCAUCUUCUUUUCAUGAAGUUUUUUCUACAGCUAAGCAUCACAGUCCAUUCAUUCAAGAAGUGUGGAUGACUGCAGCCUGCACUACUAUAAGAGAUCUUUGGUUUCAAAGAAAUAAAAUCUUUUUUGAAGGAGGUGAUACUCAUCUACACAGUUUUAAAAGCAGGAUUGUUAAGAAAUUCAAUGAAAAUGGAGCAAGAAUGAAGGGUAACAUGUAG